CUGCCCUAAAGGUAGCCGAUAAUUAGCUUGAAUUUUACACUGUGUUCGAAAUUGUUAUGUAGAUACGAUUCCAAUUAAACAAACUUUUAAUCUUUAGUUGUUCAAUUAAAGUUUUCAAUCGUUCUGUCUCUCCUGUCAGUUUACAUCACAGAUAUUAAUCUCAGACAGGUCUGGUCAUUGGUUUGCCAGGUGAGCCUUUUUUAAAUACAUGUUUCUAAAAGCCUUUUCUCCUCUGUAGGUGUUGGGAUGAAGCUCCAUGAGAAGAUUUUGACACAUUACCUCUCAUGCACCUCUCCUGUAGAUAAAGAGGGCUACCUCUAUAAAAAGAAAGAGAGAACUGCGACCUACCACCGGCGCUGGUUUGUGCUGAAGGCUAACCUGCUUUUCUAUCAGGAGCGGCCGGCUGACAGACACCUUCUGGGAGUCAUCGUCCUGGAGGGGUGCUCAGUGAGGCGCUCAGAGUCUGAGGGACAGUUUGCCUUUUCCCUGGUGUUUGAAGGGCCCGGUCUGAGAACCUACAGAUUUUCUGCAGGGGAUCAUCAGACUGUGGAGAGCUGGGUGAAAGCUUUGCUCUCGGCCAGUCACUGUUACCUCUCGCUGCUGCUGAGAGACCUGCAGGGGCAGUAUGAAGAGGCUAAACAGACACACAUCUCUGGUGAAUCCCACCACAGCUCCUCCAUCAGCGGACUUAAACAGUCCCAGUUGUUCCUCCCUGCACAGGGCUCGACAGCGGUGGUCAGAGAAAGCAGAAGCUUCAGUGCUGGCACUGUUUUGAAUGCUUCUUCAGGACCUUCUAAAGUGGUCGCUAGAAAGUCCCCUAAACUUUGGCACAGAAGAAACGCACACGUCACACCAAUCAACGGGCCGGCACCUUUGUACGGGGAAUGGCCUUUGGUGGGCUUCGACCCUCUUGAGGACUUCAGCAGGCUUCAUGAUUAUUACGGGCAGGAGGUGAAGAGAGCAAGGGAGGAGUGGCUGAGGAGUCGACGAGCAGAAGAGGAGCGCAGGGAUGGAGAUCUCAUCGACCUGGGGUAAAGGAAAAAAAACAAAAGGCAGUACAGAGACAGUUAAAGAGGAAGUGUGAAGAAGCGGUUCAUGUGAGUUAAAAAGGAACUGAACCUGACGUCUUUCUAAUUAUUCAGUCACUAUGAGAACAUAUUCACACCUACUUAUCUGUAAAUGUGCUAAAUGUUUCAAAUGUGUUUCUGAAUCAGAGAGCUGUAAUUUCCUGAGCCAAGGUGGCCUUAAAGUGUCCAUGGGAUGGGAUAGGAUGUAAAUCUACCUUUUAGACAUGAAACAGUACUCUGUAUGGCCUUUUCACAGCCUUUAAUGAAUGUAACUACAAAUAAGAUCAAUGCAUAAUUUAUCUUAAUUUAAUCAUUUGUCCAAGUAAGCUGUGAUGAUGUUUAAGAGAGGUGGCAUGCACAAAACCCUGAGACUAAAGCAGCUAAAUGGAAUCAAGCCAUAAUUUAUUUAUUUAUGUGCACUUUCUCUUGCAAAAUGUCUUCCAAGAAGUCAAGUUUUCCUUGCUUUUUCUUGUUUACUCAUUUAAUUUCAAUGCACAAAUGUGUCUCAGUGAAACUAAAAUUUCAUAUGUGGCAUGAAAGGAAAUAUUGAACAGUAUUAGGUAAGAAUGUUUGCAUUUGCUUUUUUCAUCUUAAAGCUCCUGUGAGGAAUUUUAAGGUUUAUACUGGGACAAAGUAGUACCUCUUAUCUUUCAGCUGACAAUAUCAUGCACGUAUCUGUUGUGUUUCUUUAAAAAAAGCACAUUUUAGCCACAAAAGAACAGGCUGUUUUGCAGCUAAAUUGUUGCAUCUGGCACCAAGAUAAAUGAAUAACAACACAUAGAAAUCAAUAAAAACCAUGUAACUGAUGGUCUUUUUUGCUUUUGCAGGUUGUUUAGAGGAGCCAGUACUUAUUUCAUUCAAAAAAAAAUUCUCACAGGACCUUUUAAAUUGAAUCCUAUGCACUUGCUUUGCAUUGACAUGAACACAGUUCCAGUGCAGUUGUGUAUUCACAUGUGCAAUUAUCAAUCUCAGCUAUGUAUUAUAAAACAGUGGUUCUCAACUGGUGGGUCAAGCCUCAAAAGUGUGACACAACACUGAAUUCAGUGGGUUGGUGGGUCAAAUGUAUGCCUGGAAAAUCUAUCUAGCGCCUUUGGGAAAAAUUCAGUUGCAAUUCAGAUUGUUUUACAGGAGAGAGAAAAAAUGAUUUGCAAAAAGGUAGAAUUUUAAAAGGAUUAUUAAUCUACAUGACACCAAUAUGAAGUUUAUAUAAUACCAUUCAAUUAUUAAAAAAGAAACUGUGAAGAAAUACAUUUAUGAAUUGAUAAAAACUAGAACAUGAUAAAAACCUAUACAUUUAAUAGAUCAAUGAUAAAAAAAAUACUAAAAGAAAUCUAAAAUGAUUAAGUGUCAAAAAUGUGAUAUAAAUAAUUAACAGUCACAACGAUAAAUACAUAUGGGCACUAAAAACUCUACAAUAGACAUUAAAAUGUGAAUUCAAAAUAAGACUAGAACAAUGAUAGUGAUAUAAAUAAUUUAAUAAAAUUAUAAAGCACCCCAUAAAGCCAGACUCAGUCUGGGAGAUUUUGCUGAUUAAGUUUUAAACAGUGGUGGAAAGUAACUAAUUACAUUUACUCAAAUUAC